GAAUCAAUAUUUGUGGUGAAAGGUAUCAACACUCUUAACAAAAAUGAAGGUCCUUUACAAUAGCCUAUUCAAAAGAACGUCUACUUAUGCCAUAGGCAUAAUGUUCAGCGCCUUUUUCUUCGAGCGGACCUUUGACGUUUUAUCGGAAACUAUUUUCGAAUCUGCUAACAAAGGCAAACUGUGGAAGGAUAUUAAGCAUAAAUAUGAAUAAGGAAAUUUCUUAAAGUUAAUAGUAAAAUUAUUGCAAAAAAGUGCGGCGUGAAA